AUGAAGGCCGUCGACUCGCUUCUGCCGGCAUUACGGAGAUUCUUCACCCCUAUUCAGAGCCGCUUCAACUCGGCGAGCGCCGGUCUGACGCAGCAGGAGACGGUCAAGCUAUUGUACAAGCAGGUCCACGAUGCUCGAACAAUUGCCACGCCUUCCGACUUGGCUACUAUCAAGUUGGAGCCGCGGAAGAUGGCGGAUUCGCUUGCGCGGGUUACGGUGCGGCUAUCUGGAAGCGGCGAGGAGCGACGGCGCUAUCUGACUGCCAAGGGGACCGUCAGAAUGGGCCGGCUUUUAGAGGACCUCGACCACUACGCCGUCUGGCUGUGCUAUCUUCAUAAUCGUUCCGACGUCACGAAGCUUGAUUCGCCGCCUUCGCUGCCGCGCUCAAUCGUGACGGGUUGUGUGGAUCGGAUUGGAUAUCAUGGGGUACACCUCGGCGAUCGGGAUCUGAUACUGGAAGGCCACGUUUCUUGGGUUGGUCGCUCGUCGAUGGAGACGACGAUACGAGUUUUUCAGGACGCCGGCGAUCAGAGCCUCAAACAAGUGCUGAAGGCAAACUUUGUGCUGGUGUCCCGCGAUGCGAAUGACUUGAACAGCGUGAUGCCCGUUCAUCCGUUGACCACAACCACCCCCGAGGAAGCGGCCAUUAUGCAUCAGGGCGCCGAGGCGAAUCGGGAGCGAAAGUAUAAGGAAAAGCGCUCGCUUCUGAAAGUGCCGCCCACCCCUGAUGAGUGGAAGGCGUUGCACCAGAUUUUCUUGAGCAACCUCAACCAGACGAACAGCGGGAAUUACACGGUUUCGUUGAGGCCCGGCCAAAAAUGGAUGAAGAAUACCGAGAUGCGCAAUACGGAGCUGUGUUUCCCGGAAUUUCAGAAUAUUUACGGCAAGGUCUUCGGUGGUUUCCUGAUGCGAGAGGCCGUCGAGCUAGCGUUCAUUUGUGCGAAAUAUUUCUCAAAGGGCUCCGUUUCGCUGGUCUCCACCGACGACAUCCUGUUCCGCGAGGCGGUCAACAUUGGUGAUUUGAUCCAGUUUACGGCCCGCGUCACCUACACGGAGAAGAAUUUCAUGCAGAUCCGGGUCUACGCCGAGACGUGCGAUGAGGAGUUCCAACAAACAAAGAUGACCAACGAGUUCUCGUUCACCUUUUCGGCCGACGACUCGAGAGAGGUUCACCAAGUCGUCCCCGACGACUACGGCGCGGGCAUGCUGUACCUCAGCGGAAAGCGGAAUUUCGAGAAGGUCAAACGUUUUUGCAUUGAUUGC